AUGGCUGACGAUACGAAAUACUCUAAUGUCAAAACAAGAAAAAUGAUUGCACGGAGUGUUAGGAAACUUACAAUAUUGAAACAAAUUUACCAAUUUCAACCCUACAUGCUUUGUCGGACAGGUCAAUGGCAGCACUACUACCGCAACCAAGCUUGGAAUAAGACCAAAUUAUCCCCAAUAUGGAGUAGGUCUUACAGUACCUCUUCCAAAUUCCUACAGAACCGGCAGGAUCGGUUCUACUCUGUUUCCGAUAAAAGUGGCGAGAAUCGAGAGCAUACCGUUGCCACGCCUCAACUGCUUUCUAAGUUAUUUCCACAGACUGCGGUCGAAGCAACAGAAAAUGAUAUGCAACAAGAGAAGCAGCGUAAGGAAGAAGAAGAGGAGAAAAAGGAGAAAGAAUCUUCCUGGAAGCGGAUGAAGUUUGGAUUUGUAUUUUUUGGCUUCUCCAUUACCUUCACUGGUGUGUAUGUUGUAUGGAUAUUCGGAGCUCCAGAUCGCGACACAGAAGGAAACAUCAUCGAGGAUGAGUUCAUGGAACUGCCCACGCUUCAGCAGUACGUUAAGCGACUCUGGAAAUCAAUGACAUAUUAUCAGAAGAUGAUUCAAGAACCGUCGCGUGAAAAGCUUCUGCCUGAUCCCCUAAAAUACCCUUAUGUACAGCCUCCGUAUACGCUGGUACUCGAAAUGAAAGACGUUUUGGUUCACCCAGACUGGACAUACCAAACCGGAUGGCGUUUCAAAAAACGCCCAGGUGUUGAUAAGUUUUUAGAGACAUUAGCUAGCAGCUAUGAGAUUGUAGUGUUCACUGCGGACCAAGGUAUGACGGUGUUUCCGAUUUUGGAUGCUCUCGACCCGCGGGGCUACAUCAUGUAUCGGUUAGUUCGGGACGCAACGCACUUUGUCGAUGGACAUCAUGUGAAAAAUUUGGACAAUCUAAACCGUGAUCUAAGCAAAGUCAUUGUAGUAGAUUGGGAUUCUAAUUCAACUAAGCUACACCCUGAAAACACGCUCAACAUCCCUCGCUGGACGGGCAACGAUGAUGACUCCGGAUUGUUCGAUUUAAUGGCAUUUUUGGUAACAAUAUCAUCCAGUGAGGUGGAAGAUGUGCGUGACGUUAUGACAUAUUACAAAUCCUUCGAUAAUCCUUUGUUAAAAUUCCGUGAAAAUCAACGUUUACUCGCGGAACAAAUGGCCGAACGAGAGCAUGAAGAAAAGCAACGUAAUCUGCCUGCCGUUCAACGGUGGAGACCUAGUUUUCUCGGCGGUGGACGUUAAAACCACACACAUGAAGCAAAAUAAAGUCAAAAUAUGCCACAGUUAAUGUUUCACACACAAAAUAAACUGUUAUCUUUAAGCAUCGUAUAUCACGUACCAAAACAGUAAGAGACGAGUGAUACAGAGAAGGAAGAAAAAUGGGUAGAGGAUGAUAAGUUCAUACGAUAAAAUAUUGCCGCCAGGAGAAAACAAAUAAUUAGAACUUUAAAAAAUGAUUUCAUAUACUUAAAAUUUGAUUCAUUUAACUCUACUCGUGCUCCUAAUCCCAUUGCACAUUUCUUGAAGUCGAGAAUUUUUUAUCUUGACGGACUUUUUUCUCACAUGCCUUCCAAAUGAUACUGGCAAUUUCAAUAGUAGUUAGAGCAAGCGCUUGAAUGCA